UUCUUCCAUGGCUGCUGCUUCGCCUCUCAUAGCGGUGCUGUUGGUGGUGGCAGUGGGCACAGCGCAGAGGCUGCCACAAACCACGUAUCCGUUAUAUGACAUCACUAGCGGAAGCGGCAUCACAUACAGCUUGCUGCCCUCUGGAGAUGUUUUCCAGAGAUAUGGAUCUGGCAGAAGUUACUCCUUCAACUAUAAAACACCGACGAGCUCUCGCUCUGAAGACGCCGAUUCUAAUCUGAACGUGAAGGGAAGGUAUAGCUUCCGUGCUGAUGAUGGACGCACGAGAACCAUCAAUUACAGAGCUGGAUCUGCAACUGGAUUUGUCGCCGAAGGUGACUCAAUUCCUGUUGCUCCUAUUGUUCCUAUUGGAUCAGCAGCUUCUCCAGAGGUAGUUAAGUACUCUGUUACUGGAACACAAGGCGAAGCUAAGUUGAGAAGUUCAUCUCCUGAUGGGAGUUACUCCUUCCAGUACAAUGCACCGGCCAGCUCUCGCUCUGAAGAUGCUGAUUCAAACCUGAACGUGAAGGGAAGGUAUAGCUUCCGUGCUGAUGAUGGACGUACGAGAACCAUCAGUUACAGAGCUGGAUCUGGAACUGGAUUUGUCGCCGAAGGUGAUUCCAUUCCUGUUGCUCCUGUUGUUCCAGCUGCAUCACCAGCUUCUCCAAAGCCUUCUGGUGGACUACCAGCUUCUCCAGAGGUAGUUAAGUACUCCGUUACUGGAACACAAGGCGAAACUAAGGUGAGAAGUUCUACGUCUCCUGAUGGAAGUUACUCUUUCAAAUACGAUGCACCCACCAGCUCUCGCUCUGAAGAUGCCGACUCAAAUCUGAACGUAAAGGGAAGAUAUAGCUUCCGUGCAGAUGAUGGACGCACGAGAACCAUCAGUUACAGUGCUGGAUCUGGAACUGGAUUUGUCGCCGAAGGUGACUCAAUUCCAGUUGCUCCCGCUGCAACAGCAGCUUCUCGUAAGCCUUCUGGUGGAUUACCAGCUUCUCCAGAGGUAGUUAAGUACUCCGUUACUGGAACACAAGGCGAAGCUAAGGUGAGAAGUUCUUCAUCUCCUGAUGGAAGUUACUCCUUCCAGUACGAUGCACCCACCAGCUCUCGCUCUGAAGAUGCCGACUCAAAUCUGAACGUGAAGGGAAGGUAUAGUUUCCGUGCUGACGAUGGACGCACAAGAACCAUCAGUUACAGAGCUGGAUCUGGAACUGGAUUUGUCGCUGAAGGUGACUCAAUUCCAGUUGCUCCCGCAGCAUCAGCAGCUUCUCCUAAGCCUUCUGGAGGAUUACCAGCUUCUCCAGAGGUAGUUAAGUACUCAGUUACUGGAAUACACGGUGAAGCUAAGGUGAGAAGUUCUUCGUCUCCUGACGGAAGUUACUCUUUCAAAUACGAUGCACCCACCAGCUCUCGCUCUGAAGAUGCCGAUUCAAAUCUGAACGUAAAGGGAAGGUAUAGCUUCCGUGCUGAUGAUGGACGUACGAGAACCAUCAAUUACAGAGCUGGAUCUGGAACUGGAUUUGUCGCCGAAGGUGAUUCCAUUCCUGCUGCUCCUAUUGCUCCAGCUGCAUCACCAGCUUCUCCAAAGCCUUCUGGUGGACUACCAGCUUCUCCAGAGGUAGUUAAGUACUCCGUUACUGGAACACAAGGCGAAACUAAGGUGAGAAGUUCUACGUCUCCUGAUGGAAGUUACUCUUUCAAAUACGAUGCACCCACCAGCUCUCGCUCUGAAGAUGCCGACUCAAAUCUGAACGUAAAGGGAAGAUAUAGCUUCCGUGCAGAUGAUGGACGCACGAGAACCAUCAGUUACAGUGCUGGAUCUGGAACUGGAUUUGUCGCCGAAGGUGACUCAAUUCCAGUUGCUCCCGCAGCAACAGCAGCUUCUCCUAAGCCUUCUGGUGGAUUACCAGCUUCUCCAGAGGUAGUUAAGUACUCCGUUACUGGAACACAAGGCGAAGCUAAGGUGAGAAGUUCUUCAUCUCCUGAUGGAAGUUACUCCUUCCAGUACGAUGCACCCGCCAGCUCUCGCUCUGAAGAUGCCGAUUCAAAUUUGAACGUAAAGGGAAGGUAUAGCUUCCGUGCUGAUGAUGGACGUACGAGAACUAUCAGUUACAGAGCAGGAUCUGGAACUGGAUUUGUCGCCGAAGGUGAUUCCAUUCCUGUUGCUCCAGCUGCAUCACCAGCAUCUCCAAAGCCUUCUGGUGGACUACCAGCUUCUCCAGAGGUAGUUAAGUACUCAGUUACUGGAACACAAGGAGAAGCUAAGGUGAGAAGUUCUUCGUCUCCUGACGGAAGUUACUCUUUCAAAUACGAUGCACCCACCAGCUCUCGCUCUGAAGAUGCCGAUUCAAAUCUGAACGUGAAGGGAAGGUAUAGUUUCCGUGCUGACGAUGGACGCACAAGAACCAUCAGUUACAGAGCUGGAUCUGGAACUGGAUUUGUCGCUGAAGGUGACUCAAUUCCAGUUGCUCCCGCAGCAUCAGCAGCUUCUCCUAAGCCUUCUGGAGGAGUACCAGCUUCUCCAGAGGUAGUUAAGUACUCAGUUACUGGAAUACACGGUGAAGCUAAGGUGAGAAGUUCUUCGUCUCCUGACGGAAGUUACUCUUUCAAAUACGAUGCACCCACCAGCUCUCGCUCUGAAGAUGCCGAUUCAAAUCUGAACGUAAAGGGAAGGUAUAGCUACCGUGCUGAUGAUGGACGUACGAGAACCAUCAAUUACAGAGCUGGAUCUGGAACUGGAUUUGUCGCCGAAGGUGAUUCCAUUCCUGUUGCUCCUAUUGCUCCAGCUGCAUCACCAGCUUCUCCAAAGCCUUCUGGUGGACUACCAGCUUCUCCAGAGGUAGUUAAGUACUCCGUUACUGGAACACAAGGCGAAACUAAGGUGAGAAGUUCUACGUCUCCUGAUGGAAGUUACUCUUUCAAAUACGAUGCACCCACCAGCUCUCGCUCUGAAGAUGCCGACUCAAAUCUGAACGUAAAGGGAAGAUAUAGCUUCCGUGCAGAUGAUGGACGCACGAGAACCAUCAGUUACAGUGCUGGAUCUGGAACUGGAUUUGUCGCCGAAGGUGACUCAAUUCCAGUUGCUCCCGCAGCAACAGCAGCGUCUCCUAAGCCUUCUGGUGGAUUACCAGCUUCUCCAGAGGUAGUUAAGUACUCCGUUACUGGAACACAAGGCGAAGCUAAGGUGAGAAGUUCUUCAUCUCCUGAUAGAAGUUACUCCUUCCAGUACGAUGCACCCGCCAGCUCUCGCUCUGAAGAUGCCGAUUCAAAUUUGAACGUAAAGGGAAGGUAUAGCUUCCGUGCUGAUGAUGGACGUACGAGAACUAUCAGUUACAGAGCAGGAUCUGGAACUGGAUUUGUCGCCGAAGGUGAUUCCAUUCCUGUUGCUCCAGCUGCAUCACCAGCAUCUCCAAAGCCUUCUGGUGGACUACCAGCUUCUCCAGAGGUAGUUAAGUACUCAGUUACUGGAACACAAGGAGAAGCUAAGGUGAGAAGUUCUUCGUCUCCUGACGGAAGUUACUCUUUCAAAUACGAUGCACCCACCAGCUCUCGCUCUGAAGAUGCCGAUUCAAAUCUGAACGUGAAGGGAAGGUAUAGUUUCCGUGCUGACGAUGGACGCACAAGAACCAUCAGUUACAGAGCUGGAUCUGGAACUGGAUUUGUCGCUGAAGGUGACUCAAUUCCAGUUGCUCCCGCAGCAUCAGCAGCUUCUCCUAAGCCUUCUGGAGGAUUACCAGCUUCUCCAGAGGUAGUUAAGUACUCAGUUACUGGAACACACGGUGAAGCUAAGGUGAGAAGUUCUUCGUCUCCUGACGGAAGUUACUCUUUCAAAUACGAUGCACCCACCAGCUCUCGCUCUGAAGAUGCCGAUUCAAAUCUGAACGUAAAGGGAAGGUAUAGCUUCCGUGCUGAUGAUGGACGUACGAGAACCAUCAAUUACAGAGCUGGAUCUGGAACUGGAUUUGUCGCCGAAGGUGAUUCCAUUCCUGUUGCUCCUAUUGCUCCAGCUGCAUCACCAGCUUCUCCAAAGCCUUCUGGUGGACUACCAGCUUCUCCAGAGGUAGUUAAGUACUCAGUUACUGGAACACAAGGCGAAACUAAGGUGAGAAGUUCUACGUCUCCUGAUGGAAGUUACUCUUUCAAAUACGAUGCACCCACCAGCUCUCGCUCUGAAGAUGCCGACUCAAAUCUGAACGUAAAGGGAAGAUAUAGCUUCCGUGCAGAUGAUGGACGCACGAGAACCAUCAGUUACAGUGCUGGAUCUGGAACUGGAUUUGUCGCCGAAGGUGACUCAAUUCCAGUUGCUCCCGCAGCAACAGCAGCUUCUCCUAAGCCUUCUGGUGGAUUACCAGCUUCUCCAGAGGUAGUUAAGUACUCCGUUACUGGAACACAAGGCGAAGCUAAGGUGAGAAGUUCUUCAUCUCCUGAUGGAAGUUACUCCUUCCAGUACGAUGCACCCGCCAGCUCUCGCUCUGAAGAUGCCGAUUCAAAUUUGAACGUAAAGGGAAGGUAUAGCUUCCGUGCUGAUGAUGGACGUACGAGAACUAUCAAUUACAGAGCUGGAUCUGGAACUGGAUUUGUCGCUGAAGGUGACUCAAUUCCAGUUGCUCCAGCUGCAUUAGCAGCUUCUCCAAAGCCUUCUGGUGGAUUACCAGCUUCUCCAGAGGUAGUUAAGUACUCCGUUACUGGAAUAGAAGGUGAAGCUAAGGUGAGAAGUUCUUCGUCUCCUGAUGGAAGUUACUCCUUCCAGUACGAUGCACCGGCCAGCUCUCGCUCGGAAGCUGCCGAUUCAAAUCUGAACGUGAAGGGAAGGUAUAGCUUCCGUGCUGAUGAUGGACGUACGAGAACCAUCAGUUACAGAGCGGGAUCCACAACUGGAUUUGUCGCUGAAGGUGACUCAAUUCCUGUUGCUCCUAUUGUUCCUAUUGGAUCAGCAGCAUCUCCAGCGGCAGUCAAAUACUCUAUCACUGGAACACAAGGCGAAGCUAAGGUGAGAAGUUCUUCAUCUCCUGAUGGAAGUUACUCCUUCCAGUACGAUGCACCCACCAGCUCUCGCUCGGAAGAUGCCGAUUCAAAUCUGAACGUGAAGGGAAGGUAUAGCUUCCGUGCUGACGAUGGACGCACGAGAACCAUCAGUUACAGAGCGGGAUCUGGAACUGGAUUUGUCGCUGAAGGUGACUCAAUUCCUGUUGCUUCCGCUGCAUCACCAGCUUUUCCAAAGCUUUCUGGUGGAGUACCAGCUUCUCCAGAAGUAGUUAAGUACUCCGUUACUGGAACACAAGGUGAAGCUAAGGUGAGAAGUUCUAUUUCUCGGGAUGGAAGUUACUCCUUCAAGUAUGAUACUCCGACUAGCUCACGCUCUGAAGAUGCAGAUUCUAACCUGAAUAUUAGAGGUAACUAUAGGUUCAUUUCUACAGACGGACAAACAAAGAGAGUAACUUACAGAGCGGGAGCCAAAAUCGGGUUUGUGGCGGAGGGCAGUGACAUACCUCGCACAAGUCAAAUUACGCAUGAUUUAGUUGUGUUGGCUCUGGCGGUGGCUAGCACGCUGAGUUUUCCACGGUCUGAUGCCGAUUACGCUAUCCCCAAUGUGGGCCUGGGAGCCCGCGCCCAGUACUACGUCCUCCACUCUGAUGGUACCUACAAGUAUGGCUAUGACACCGGUGAUGGCAUCUAUGAACAAUCAAUGUCCCAAGCCCCUGGAAACGUAAACGGAGCCUUUGGGUACAAGGAUGCAACAGGAGAAGAUAUCAAACUAGAAUACACGGCUGAUGACCGAGGUUUCAUUGCCAAGGGUUCUCAUCUUCCAGUUGCUCCAAAAGCUGACUUUGACACACCUACAAGCGGAGCAGCUUCCUUCAGACGCAUUUCACCUGCUUACCCUGCACAGCCUGCACAGCCUUCUACAUCUGCUGCUGCUGCUGCUGCUCCAGGCUCCGGCGUGGCUAGCGUUAGUAGCAGUCCAGCCGUGCCUUUCGAAGUCGCUCAGAUCAGAAGCUCUGUAGCUGAUGAUGGUAGUUACAGCUUCUCCUACGAUACUUCCAGCAGCUCCCGUUCUGAAUCUGCCGAUGCCCAAAACUCUGUCAAGGGAAGAUAUUCUUUCAUUGCCGAUGAUGGAAUCAAUCGUCAGAUCGACUACAUCGCUGGUGCUGAAACUGGUUACAUUGCCGAAGGAGAUUCUCUCCCUGUUGGACCCCCAGUGCCGGGGGCUGAGAGCGGUAUUCCUACUGGCAGGAUCCUUCCAGUGCUCUCUGAAGAAGAAGCCAAUGCCUUAGCGGCUUCCACAUCUGCUGGUUCCCCUCCUGCUGUAGCAUACAGUGCCCCCAGCUCACCUGCUAGUCCUUCAAGCCAAAUCGCCAGCCAAAAGGUCUCUUCAGGAGCUUCUGCCUCUGAUGCUUCCUACUCUUUCAGUUAUGAUGCUGGAGACAGUUCUCGCUCUGAGAGUGCUGAUCCCAGUCUCAAUGUACAAGGAACAUACAGCUUCGUUCCUGCAGACAGCAACCAACGGCUGACUGUGAACUACAGAGCGGGAGCUGACACCGGCUUCGUUGCCGAAGGCGCUCAUUUUCCUGUUGCUCCAGUAGCUGAUGUUGGUUCACCUGUUUCUGGAGCAUCUGCUGCUUCCUCCAGAGGCGUUUCGCCUGCUUACUCUGCACCACCUUCUACUUCUGCUGCUGCUCCAAGCUCUGGUGUGGCUAGCGUCAGAAGCAGUCCAGCCGUGCCUUUCGAAGCGGCUCAGGUCAGAAGCUUUGCAGCUGAUGAUGGUAGUUACAGCUUCUCCUAUGAUACUUCCAGCAGCUCCCGUUCUGAAUCUGCUGAUGCCCAAAACUCUGUCAAGGGAAGAUAUUCUUUCAUUGCCGAUGAUGGAAUCAAUCGUCAGAUCGACUACAUCGCUGGCGCUGAAACCGGUUAUAUUGCCGAAGGAGAUUCUCUCCCUGUUGGACCCCCAGUGCCGGGGGCUGAGAGCGGUAUUCCUACUGGCAGGAUCCUUCCAGUACUUUCAGAAGAAGAAGCCAAUGCUUUAGCGGCUUCCACAUCUGCUGGUUCCCCUCCUGCUGUAGCAUACAGUGCCCCCAGCUCACCUGCUAGUCCUUCAAGCCAAAUCGCCAGCCAAAAGGUCUCCUCAGAAGCUUCUGCUUCUGACGCUUCUGAUGCUUCCUACUCUUUCAGUUAUGAUGCUGGAGACAGUUCUCGCUCUGAGAGUGCUGAUCCCAGUCUCAAUGUACAAGGAACAUACAGCUUCAUUCCUGCAGACAGCAACCAACGGCUGACUGUGAACUACAGAGCGGGAGCUGACACCGGCUUCGUUGCCGAAGGCGCUCAUUUUCCUGUUGCUCCAGUAGCUGAUGUUGGUUCACCUGUUUCUGGAGCAUCUGCUGCUUCCUCCAGAGGCGUUUCGCCUGCUUACUCUGCACCACCCUCUAGUUCUGCUGCUGCUCCAGGCUACGGCGUGGCUAGCGUUAGAAGCAGUCCAGCCGUGCCAUUCGAAGUCGCUCAGAUCAGAAGCUCUGUUGCUGAUGAUGGUAGUUACAGCUUCUCCUACGAUACUUCCAGCAGCUCCCGUUCUGAAUCUGCCGAUGCCCAAAACUCUGUCAAGGGAAGAUAUUCUUUCAUUGCCGAUGAUGGAAUCAAUCGUCAGAUCGACUACAUCGCUGGCGCUGAAACCGGUUACAUUGCCGAAGGAGAUUCUCUCCCUGUUGGACCCCCAGUGCCGGGGGCUGAGAGCGGUAUUCCUACUGGCAGGAUCCUUCCAGUGCUCUCUGAAGAAGAAGCUAAUGCCCUCGCAUAUUCUACUUCUGAAUCUAAAACCGCGGUCGGGACCAAAACCGCGGCUACGCUUGGCACCAAAAGUGUGACGCCCAUUGCUGCUACCAAGUCUGCAGGAGGCAUUCCCAGUGGCCAGCCCUCCGGCUCGCCCAGUGGCCACAGCACCCAGGUAGUGGGAGAUGUGCUCCUCCAUCAGUACGCUGCCACCAAUGCCGACAAGUAUGGCUACGUGUUCACUGCAAUACGGCGAUGAUGAGUAACGAACAAACCUGAGAAUGCGUUGAAGUGUAUUGAAGUUCACAUAUGUUCAGCCAUGUAGCUAAAUGCAACCCAAAUUAUUUUGUGGUCGUUUAAAUUGUUUCACGACAGGAAUUUGUACUUUUUGCUUCAUUCAUAUCUUCAGUCAGCGACAGUGUCAGGAAAAAAGCAAAUCUAAGAGGAGAAGUAGGCUCAGAGUUCGACGACGACUUCUAUGUUAGGCUGCCGCAGAAAUCUCAAUCGACCAAUUAAUCAUGAAGUUCCCCUCAGUGCAGAACCAAGAGUAUGGAGAACACACACACAUGCUGAGCACCAAGUACAUCAGCUGAGCACCAAGUACAUCAGCUGAGCACCAAGUACAUCAGCUGAGCACCAAGUACAUCAGCUGAGCACCAAGUACAUCAGCUGAGCACCAAGUACAUCAGCUGAGCACCAAGUACAUCAGCUGAGCACCAAGUACAUCAGUUGAGCACCAAGUACAUCAGCUGAGCAUCAAGUACAUCAACUGAGCACGUCAGCUGAGCACGUUCAAGCACUUCAAGUCAUCUCAUCUCACUUCACUUGGACACGGACGACGGGUGGUAUCCGCUAGCGGCCUCAACACCUGUAAAUAAUGCCAGUCAACACCUAACCCCGCAACAAUCAAAACCCAUAAAUAACUCAUCUCUGGCAACUAACCAAAAUGCCAAAUCACUGGUGGGCAAAAAAAAAAAAUGUUCCUUCACAACACAGUUUAUCAAUAAAAGUGUCAUACGAU